CUGAAACCUAAUCCUCAAAGCAUGAGCUCAUAUAAAUAAUAACACCUAUGAGAUGUUGAACUUGAAACCUUGUAAGUAAGAUUUUUUCUAGGUUUUGCCAUGAUCAAUCUCUCCUGGCUAAAGUUUUAGAAAUCGAAAAUAGAACAGUUAAAAAAAGAAGUUAGGAGGGACAAAUACCCCUACUAGUAGUAGUCACAGCGGCAAUACUCAUAGACAAUCUUUUAUCUCACAUGAAGACGAAUUGGGUUUCAGCAUCUGGGCUUGCAGCUGUUUUGGGGGUUGCUGGUUUGGUGUUGGCUCUAAUAAAAGAUCCCAAAUCUUGGAAUCUAAAACUAAGUGCCUUGCCUUCUUGGCUGGAAUUAAACCAGAGAGAGAAUAAUAAUCGUCCAAAGAAGCUUUUCUUGCUUCCUGGCUUGCAAAAUCUUGGCAAUAAUUGCUUUUUGAAUGUUAUCUUACAGGCUUUAGGUAGCUGUUCAAAUUUCCAAUCUUUUCUUCAAAAGGUUAUAGAAGAAUGGGAAUCAUUUGCCGGUGAGGAAUGGAAUGAGAGCUUGCAGCUUACGGUGGCUUUGGCUGCUUUAUUAGAAGAACUGUCUGUGAUUAGCAGAGAGAGCAUUGUAUUGAGUCCAAGAAAGGUGAUGCUUGCAAUGGCUCAUUAUAUUCAAAAUUUUAAUCUGACGAGCCAACAGGAUGCUGAAGAAGCAUUCCUUCAUCUACUGUCCUCUUUAAGGGACGAAUUUUCUGAUUCUUAUCUUCCAAAACAUCAUUCUCUGGCAGAUGCAUUUGCAUCCCCUAACUGUAGAAUUCUGACUCCAAAUAGGAUUGAGAUCCAGAGUGAGCAAGAAAGGUGGCAGCAGCACUUCCUCGGACCAUUUGAUGGAAUUCUUAGUAGCAUUUUAACGUGUCAAAGUUGUUCGACUGAGAUUUCAUUGAAUUUUCAAUUUUUUCAUAGCUUGCCUCUUUUGCCUGUGCUUGAAGGUGGUGCCACCAUUAGGGUUGGGUGUAGAUUGGAGGAUUGCCUCAGGCAGUUCACUGUUUCUGAGCAAGUUGAGAAUUACAGCUGCAGCCACUGUUGGCACAUUGCUGCAAUAAAGUAUUUAUCUUUAAGGGGAGCAACAGAGACGGAGAUAAAAAGACUUAAGAGUUGUAAUGAGCAAGACUCGUGUACCUGCCAUCUCCUUGUUCAUCUAGAAAAUCUACCAUGGUCAAAUAAUUUUUCUCGCACUUUAAAGCAACUAAGCAUUGCUCGUAGUCCCAAGAUUCUUUGCAUUCAAUUACAACGUGCUUCUAUAAAUUUUUUCGGAGAAGUAGUCAAACUUCAGGGCCACAUUAGCUUUCCAUUAACUUUGAACCUGCUUCCAUUCAUGAUGAAAGAGAUGCAAUGUCAAAAACCAAGCUCUCAUCUAAACCAUUUUGAUGUGCAAUAUGACACCAGAAUGCUGAACAGCAUUUAUGAAAGAAAUGCUUCAAAAUUAUUAUCUGCAAAUGCAUUUAGAUCCCCCGCACAUGCAGAAGCUUUCCUGGGACAAUCCAAAAUACCACAAACCACGGACAUCUUUAGUUCGCAAGCUAAUGAAAAGGUCAGUGCAGCUUGUGAAUUAGUCCCUUCAAUACCUCAGGUAUAUCGUCUUGUUUCUGUCGUGGAGCAUUUUGGAAGAGCUUGUGGUGGGCAUUAUACUGUUUACAGAAGUUUGCAAUCAGAAUCGCAUGAGGAACAUCCUGAUGAAAAUUGCAAACCUUCCCUCAUGCACUGGUUUUGUAUUUCAGACUCCAAUGUGUAUAGGGUUUCAGAGGAGGAUGUUCUAGCUGCAGAAGCUAGCUUGCUCUUUUAUGAGAGAAUUGUAGAAAGCUGACAACGCACCAAUCACACCUGUAGUUUUUGAAGCUGCAUGUCCCUUCACAAGCAGAUUUUUCAAUCACAAAGCCAUGUAAGGAUGUCAUGGAAUCAAAUGUAUGCAGAUAGCCAUUUUCGAUUCAACAAAGCCUGAUAAGAAAUAUGAGGGCUCAAUUUUUUAUUCUUUCACCGAGGAAGUGCUUGUGGAUGAAGCAGCGCUGCCAUGUUUGGUUGUUUCAUGUUCAAAACUGAAUAGUUAUAAACUACAAAGAACUUUCACAUGGUUUCUCCCGGUUUGCACUCAAAAAAUUGUUGUAAAAUAUGAAGGUAUAGUCUUUGGCUACAAAGAUGAACAGUGGAAUGAUGUUUGAUUGAAGUUUUCAAUUGACUGGUUGCUUUUAUGA